AUGUCUUUGAAAUCCACCAAAACAACCGCUGCGUCAGAGACGUAUUUAGAUGACGAGACUACAUGGGAUUCGUUAAAUUUGGAUCCCAGGCUUUUACAAGCCAUCGAUAAGCUAGGUUUUGAAAAUCCCACGUUGAUCCAAAGCAGUGCUAUACCAUUGGCCUUGGAGGAAAAACGAGAUAUUAUUGCAAAAGCAUCAACUGGAUCAGGUAAAACUGCAGCAUAUGCUAUUCCGAUAAUACAAAACAUUAUGGUACAGGGGAGCCAACUGGGGACCCAAUCAGUGGUUCUUGUACCCACGAGAGAAUUGUCUAAUCAAGUAUACCAAUUUAUGGAACAGCUCAUUAAAUUCAGCAACAACAAGAUUGGCAUUUUGAACUUAUCAUCAAACUAUAGUGACCAGGUCUUAAAGUCAUUGUUGAUCAACAAGCCAGAAAUUAUUAUCUCCACACCAAGUAAAUUAAUACAGACAUUGGAAGCACACGAAGGAAAAGAUAUAAUCGAUUUGAGCACAGUGAAAAACCUUACCAUCGAUGAAGUUGAUUUGAUAUUGAGUUUUGGGUACAAAGAUGAUUUGCAAAAAUUGGAGUCGUAUUUGCCAGUAAAGAAGAAUUUGCAAACAUUUUUGAUGUCAGCUACGGUGAAUGAUGAUUUAAAUGAACUCAAGGCUAAAUUUUGCACAAAGCCAGCGAUUCUCAAGUUGGAUGAUGACCAGAGCAACAACAACAAACUUGUCCAAUUCUAUGCCAAAACCACCGAGUUUGACAAAUUCUUGUUGAGUUAUGUGAUUUUUAAAUUGAAUUUGAUCAAGGGAAAGACAAUUGUUUUUGUCAAUAAUAUCGAUAGAGGAUACAGACUUAAACUAUUUUUGGAGCAAUUUGGUAUCAGAUGUUGUAUAUUGAAUAGCGAGUUGCCUAUAAACUCGCGAUUGCAUAUUGUUGAAGAGUUUAACAAGAAUGUUUACCAUCUUUUGAUUGCAACUGACGACAUUUCAGUGGAAAAAGAAGAAGUUGACGAAGUUGACGAAGGUGAAGAGGAGCACGAGGAUGCUGCUGAUGCUGAUGAAAAGAAACAACAAAACAACAACAACAACAACAAUAACCAUAACAAUAACAAUAAAGAACACAAAGAAGUUCUGAAAAAGAAUGAAAAGAAUAAAAAACAUUCCAGCAAAAAGGAUAAGGAGUAUGGUGUUUCGCGUGGUGUCGAUUUCCGUAAUGUUGCAUGUGUUCUCAACUUUGACUUACCAACAACUUCAAAAUCUUAUGUUCACAGAGUAGGUAGAACUGCAAGAGCAGGAAAGUCAGGCAUGGCUCUCUCAUUUGUGAUCCCCGAGAAAGAGGUGGGUAAGCACAAGACAGCUUCAUUGCGGUCUGCGAAAAAGGACGAAAAGGUUUUGAAUAGAAUAGUUAAGCAACAGCAGAAGAAUGGGUUCGAAAUCAAGCCAUAUCAAUUUGAUAUGAAGCAAGUUGAAGGUUUUAGGUAUCGUGCCGAUGAUGCAUUUAGAGCUGUUACCCAAACAGCUAUUAGAGAGGCUCGUGUAAAGGAAUUAAAGAAUGAAUUGAUCAACUCAGAAAAGCUUAAACGUUUUUUCCAAGAGAACCCACGUGAUUUGGCCAGUUUGAGACACGAUAAGGAGUUACAUCCUGCUAGGGUUCAAGCACAUUUGAAGAGGACCCCUCAAUACCUAUUGCCAGAAAGCGCAAGGCUGGAUGUGAAAAACUUGGGCUUUAUUCCAUUUCAUAAGAAUAAAGUGGGCAAGUACAGAAAGAAGUCAAAGGGCACAAAGAAGCGCGAUCCAUUAAAGUCAUUUAAGAAGUAA